CCCGCCCCGCCCCGCCCCGCCCCGCCGGGUUGGCCGCCGUCCCCGCACCCUCUCCGGCCUCAGGCAGCGAUGGCGGACGCCUGGGAGGAGAUCCGGCGGCUGGCGGCGGACUUCCAGCGCGCGCAGUUCACGGACGCCGCGCACAGGUUGUCGGAGCGGAACUGCGUGGAGGUCGUGAGCAAGCUGGUGGCCCAGAAGCAGCUGGAGGUGGUGCACACGCUGGACGGGAAGGAGUACCUCACUCCGGCGCAGAUCAGCAAGGAGAUGCGGGAGGAGCUGGCCGUCCGCGGUGGUCGAGUAAACAUUGUUGAUCUACAAAAGGUAAUUAAUGUUGACUUGACAUAUAUUGAAAACAGAAUUGGUGAUAUUGUUAAAUCAGAAAAGCAUGUUCAACUUAUUUUGGGACAACUGAUAGAUGAGAACUAUUUGGAUCGGUUGGCAGAAGAGGUUAAUGAUAAGUUGCAAGAAAGUGGUCAGGUUGCCAUAUCAGAGCUGUGUAAAACCUAUGAUCUCCCUGGAAACUUUCUGACACAGGCGCUGUCUCAGCGAAUAGGUAGGAUUAUUGAUGGACACAUUGAUCUUGAUAACAGAGGAGUGCUUUUUACUGAGGCUUUUGUAGCUAGACAUAAGGCCCGUAUCCGUGGACUGUUCAGUGCUAUCACCAGGCCCACCGCAGUGAAUUCUUUGAUUUCAAAAUACGGAUUUCAGGAACAGCUUCUUUACUCUGUGCUUGAGGAGCUUGUUGACAGCGGCCGAGUGCGAGGCUCUGUUGUUGGCGGGAGACAGGACAAAGCGGUGUUUGUCCCUGACAUCUACUCCAAGACACAGAGCGCUUGGGUGGACGCCUUCUUCAGACAGAACGGCUACCUGGAAUUUGAUGCCUUAUCCAGGCUUGGAAUCCCAGACGCUGUGAAUUACAUAAAGAAAAGAUACAAGGCAGCACAGCUGUUGUUUCUGAAAGCGACUUGUGUUGGUCAAGGACUUGUGGACCGGGUGGAAGCAUCAGUAGAGGAAGCUAUCAGCUCUGGAACCUGGGUUGACAUUGCACCUCUGCUGCCCAGUUCUUUUUCUGUUGAGGAUGCUGCCAUGUUGCUUCAGCAAGUGAUGAGAGCGUUCAGCAAACAAGCUUCAGCAGUGGUCUUCAGUGACACUGUUGUGGUCAGUGAAAAAUUUAUAAAUGACUGCACAGAGCUUUUCAGGGAUCUGAUGCACCAGAAAGCUGAAAAGGAAAUGAAAAAUAAUACUGUGCAUUUGAUCACUGAAGAAGAUCUGAAACAAAUUUCCAUGUUAGAAAGCACUAAUACGAGUAAAAAGGAUAAAAAAGAAGAACGGAGGAGAAAGGCGACAGAGGGCAGCGGCAGUGUGAGAGGAGGCGGUGGUAGCAACGCGAGAGAACACAAGAUCAAGAAGGUCAAGAAGAAAGGGAGGAAAGACGAUGACAGUGAAGAUGAGUCGUCUCAGACAGGAAAGAAGAAGUCAGAGAUCACAUUUCUGUGUCAGGAAGAGAUAGAAGAUUAUUUAGAAAAACACCUUCAAGAGGCCCCUGAGGAGUUUAUUUCUGAACUUGCAGAGCACUUAAUAAAACCUCUUAAUAGAGCUUACGUUGAAGUGGUGCACUCAGUGUUCAUGUCUUCAAGCUCUUCUGCCUCUGGAAGUGCCAGAAAGCACACAGUCAAGGACUUGCAGGAAGAGAUUUCUAACCUCUACAGUAACAUCCGGUUGUUUGAGAAAGGGAUGAAGUUUUUCACAGAUGAUGCCCACACAGCUCUUACCAGACACCUGCUGAAGACAAUGUGUACUGACCUCACUAACCUCAUUUUCAACUUCGUGGCUUCGGAUCUGAUGAUGGCAGUAGAUGACCCUGCCGCCAUCACGAGUGAGGUAAGAAAAAAAAUUUUAAGUAAAUUGCCAGAAGAAACCAAAGUAGCUCUCACCAAACUCCAUAGCUCUCUAAACGAAAAGAGCAUAGAAGACUUCCUUUCUUGUCUGGAUUCUGCAACAGAAGCUUGUGAUAUUAUGAUGAAAAAGGGAGAUAAAAAGAGGGAGAGGCAGAUCAUGUUCCAGCACCGGCAGGCGCUGACUGAACAGCUUCGAGUCACAGAAGACCCUGCCCUGACCCUGCACCUCACAGCAGUCCUGCUGUUUCAGGCCUCCACCCACAGCAUGCUGCAUGCACCUGGGCGAUGCGUCCCGCAGAUCAUUGCUUUUCUCAGUAGCAGGAUCCCAGAGGACCAGCACACUCUUUUGGUAAAGUAUCAAGGUUUGGUUGUGAAGCAGUUGGUUAGUCAAAAUAAGAAGACUGGACAGGGAGAUGAUCCUCUAAGUGAUAAAGCGGACAAUGAGCAAGAAGUCACCAGUGCUACCCGAAAAGAACUUCAGGAACUCUCCUCAUCCGUUAAAGACCUUGUUCUCAGAUCCAGGAAGUCCUCUGUGACGGGAGAGUAGGAAUGCCGGUCCUUCCUCUCAGUUGACUUCUCUCGUUGUAGACAGUCUCUGCCCCCAAAGUCGAGCUGGAUGGUUACAGAAAGUAUUCACACCCCCUUCAUCUCCCUCCACGAGACUCUCUGCACAAAUGACUCAGUUAAAACGGUUUUGUUCACAAGUAGAACCUGAACUGGAGUUGGUGUAUUACACCAAAGUAAAAGACUCCGGGGGAGGAGGGGAGGAUAGGUCCAAAAAGGAUGACAGAGUCCCUAGUAGGGGGUUGUAUUAUUAUGUGGAAAACUGAGAAAUGUACAAACUACUGUAUUUACUGUUGAAUGUAAAACAUUAAUCCCCC